GUUUCCAACAUUUCUUUUAUCUCUAGCUCCGCCUCGCUCGCUCCUCCUAAAUUCUUUCGGGCCAUGAAGUCGCAGCGUAGUCCCAGGAAGAUCUCCCUUAAAUGGAUCCCAUUUAUCUGCAUCUCCUUCUUUACUCUCGGAAUCCUCUUCAGUAACAGGCUAUGGGUCUCACCUGAAUCCAACGGUCAACUUUUAUCACAACGUCGACGGGAACAGGAGUUGCAGAUUGUCUCCGAUGAUAGCGGUACAAAGAAAACGCCUGCACAACAUAAUGAUGUAAUGGGUGAAGUUUUAAAAACCCAUGAAGCAAUUCAGCCUUACAGAUCUCUAGACAAGUCAGUCGCAAUGCUAGAGAUGCAGUUAGCUGCUUCACGUAGUUCUCAGGAAAUGGAGAAUUUGGAUGCCUCCAGAGUCGUCUCGACCUUGGCUCCUGAUCAGCCGAGGAAGAAAGUGUUCAUGGUCAUUGGAAUCAACACUGCUUUUAGUAGUAGGAGGCGGCGUGAUUCUGUCCGGGAGACGUGGAUGCCACAAGGGGACAAGCUUAUUCAGUUGGAGCGCGUGAAGGGGAUUGUCAUUCGCUUCAUGAUCGGUCAUAGUGCAACAUCCAGCAGCAUUUUAGAUCGAGCUAUUGAUUCAGAGGACGCUCAGCAUAAGGACUUCCUUAGACUGGUUAGACAGCAUUCCUGCAGUAGUUUUGGAUAUUCUUACGUAUUUUGGCAUUUCUUACCAAUAUCCAGUUUCAAUCUUAUAAAACAGGAGCACGUUGAAGGAUAUCAUGAGUUAUCCGCAAAAACAAAAACUUUCUUUUCUACCGCAGUUGCAAAAUGGGAUGCUGAAUUCUAUGUCAAGGUGGAUGAUGAUGUCCAUGUUAAUCUUGGCAUGCUAGCCACAACCCUUGGCCGUCAUCGAUCCAAGCCCAGAGUCUAUAUAGGGUGCAUGAAAUCUGGACCUGUUCUUUCUCAGAAGAAUGUCAAGUACCAUGAACCAGAGUACUGGAAAUUCGGAGAAGAGGGGAACAAAUAUUUUCGACAUGCAACUGGGCAGAUAUAUGCAAUUUCAAAGGAUCUGGCAACCUACAUAUCCAUAAACCAGCCUAUUUUGCAUAAGUAUGCUAAUGAAGAUGUGUCCCUCGGGUCAUGGUUUAUCGGACUCGAGGUUGAGCACAUAGACGAUAGGAAUAUGUGCUGUGGGACUCCACCGGAUUGCGAAUGGAAGGCACAAGCAGGUAAUGUCUGUGUUGCAUCCUUCGAUUGGACCUGCAGCGGAAUCUGCAAAUCCGUGGAUAAGAUCAAAAUCGUUCAUGAAAGGUGUGGUGAAGGAGACGAUGCGGUUUGGAAUACAUUACUCUGAAUUAAUUCGGCUAAAUCGCAUGUCUUGCGGCGAACGAGAAUGAACAAGCCGAUUUUAGCCAACGAAGUAGGAGGAAACAUUGCAUAUGGUUUCAAUACAUGUCAGCAAACACAUCUCCCUCAAAUUGUUGCUUGAAAUCUUCUAGGAAAAAUGGAGAAAAAAAAAUCAACAUUUAGAUGGGAGCUUUUUAAUCAGAAAAGCUAAUUAUUCCCAUUUUUUUAAUUGUGCUCUGAUUGUAUUCUAUGCUUGUAAAAUAGUGUGUUAGUGAUAUAUGGUGAUCAAUACUAUUGUUAGUUAUAAAGCA